AAACUCGCGCAUUUAUUCCUAAAAUGCGACUACAAAAGAAACCGGAGGCCGCGACGAUUGCCGGCUAAACGCAAUUCACAUCGCAUUCGAAGGGAAAAACUACGUCCUUCCCCGGCAAAAGAUCGCCGAUCUGGAAGAAUCAGGGUUCGGAUUUGCAUUCGCAUCAUGAAUACGUCGUUAGGGAAGCAGAUCCUCGAGCAGCAGUUGCUGACGGUGGCCAAGGCCGUCGAGGACAAGAUCGAUGAGGAGAUCACAGCGCUCGACCACCUCGACCUCGACGACCUGGAGGCGCUGCGGGAGCGCAGGAUGCAGCAGAUGAAGAAGAUGGCCGAGAAACGCAACUGCUGGAUCUCCCUCGGCCACGGCGAGUACUCUGAGAUCUCCGAGAAGGACUUCUUCGCUGCCGUCAAGGCUAGUGACCGCGUCGUCUGCCAUUUCUACCGCGAGAAUUGGCCUUGCAAGGUGCUGGAUAAACACCUGAGUAUUCUUGCAAAGCAACACAUAGAGACGCGCUUUAUUAAAGUUCAUGCCGAGAAAAGCCCUUUCUUAACUGAGAAGCUUAGGAUUAUCUUGUUACCAACCCUCGCUCUUGUAAAGAAUGCCAAAGUCGAGGACUAUGUGGUUGGUUUUGAUGAGCUUGGAGGCACUGAUGACUUCAGUACAGAAGUUUUGGAAGAGAGAUUAGCCAAGUCUCGAGUUAUUGUCUUUGAUGGCGAGGCGCCUUCUUACCCGGCGAAGUCCAGCAAAACUAAGAGAAAUGUUCGCCAAUCGGAAACUGCUGAUUCGUCCGACUCCGAGUAGGAUUAUGCUCAAGGGUUUCACUACAACUUAAACGGGGGUGAUAUUUUACCAGUUCGUUUGCAAUAUAUCUGUAUCUACAUCCAGAUUGUUAUCUAGCUGGUUUUUUAAACUCUUGUAAUUUCCAAAUCCGAUAUUGAUUUCAUGAAUGAAUGUGACUGAUUUGAAUUA